CCGUCCGUUGGAAGCAUGCGCAAUAGCUGUUUUGCAAACUCGUGCAUUCUGCGCUGGAAUGUGUAUAAAACGUCGGGCGCCGGCGAGAGACGUCACCAGUUGCCGCGCUUGUCAGCAGUGUUUGUCCGAGUCGUCUCCGAAGCGCGCGCGAUGUUCAAGGCGUCUCUCUUCGUGCUCUGUGCUAUCACCACACAGGCAAGCUGUACCGGAGACUUCGUGGAUGAGGCACGAGAUAGGCCGUCUCGGGUCAGGGCCAACAAUCUCGAUCCCCCUGCUCCGUACAGCUUCGUGUACGGCAGCUCCGACAAAGGUGGCUCCCAUGGCCGCGAGGAGACCCGGGACGAGCACGGCACCGUGAGGGGCUCGUACCGCAUCGCCCUCGCGGACGGCCGCAUGCGCGUGGUGAAGUACGUGGCUGACAAGGACGGCUUCCGCGCGGGCAUCGCAACCAACGAGCAGGGCACCGAGUCGGGCAGUUCAUCGGGCGUAGUCGUCAACUCUCAGGCGCUGUCCGGACCAGACGCCGCGAGGGCCGCGCACAGGUCCAUGACUCGGGCUGGAGCUUCGAGGCACUCGACUCCUAGGCGCGCGGCCGCUGCGUCGUCGAACGUGGAGCGGUGGGCAGCGCCGUCGCAGCUGAGGGGGCCAGGCUACCUGCCCGCGCAGAGGGACGAGAUCGUCUAUUACGAGCCGUAGCCUGGCGUAGCCCGUAGUCGGGUCACGCAGGAAAAGUUUCAUGUGCAUUCGCAACGGUAGAGGUGCAUACUUGCGUGAUGAGCUCAUUGUAAGGAUGGGCCGGUGCAAAGAUUAGCGACGUGGCACCAACAGUGCGAGCGUCAAGUCCGAAGUCGUUUGUUCAUAUUUGACUUCUGCAAGCCUGCUUUUCUUUCUAGUCCGUGCCAUGGAAUUUGUAUAGCUCGCAAAAGCGAAAUGGGCCAGUUGAUAGAACAUUUUUCGUUCUCACUGAAGCUGUUCAUGUCGUUCUCUGUUUAUGCAAUUCGGGCUGCAUACUGCGCCCCCAUCAAACCAAGCCAAAUUAAGUGACAUAUGUAAUUAUGAGUCUUAAGUGUCGCCUUAAUUGGUGAAAGCACUGAUAUGAUAACCACAACAUACGAGAGGUGAACUUUGACAUUGAUUGUUGGAUUAUUGUUUUCCUCCUAAUUGUACUGCAGUUAAAGCAAGUGUGGCACUGAUCGCCGGGGUCCAGUGUAUCUUCAGGGACUGCACUCUUGCUAGCAUGCCAAGAUUUAUUCGACCCAAACCAUGCGCAUUUCGCAUAUUCCGGAGCCGUGUGCACCCCUGCAUAUUCAUCGCGCCAGAUUCUUAAAUGAACCUACAGAGAGCCAUUCAUGUUGCCAUUUUCAUCAUUAUAUUUUAGCGAUUCACCAUAGUGGGCGCAUCCUUCUGGAAUCAAGCACCAAACCGAACAAACAUGUGGUGGCGUUGUUUCGGAAAGCCGCAGAUAAAUAACUGAGAGGUCGGCAACUUUUUUGCCCUGUGAUACCUUUAAUUGUUCUUAAUUAUACCAUACGUUUGGGUUGCUUACAAGUGAUUGAACUAGGCAGAUAAUGGGUUAUUUCUUACAUGAAUUGCCGAGCAUGCCAAAACGCUUAGCAUGGAAGACGCAAGGGCAUUGCAUGCGUAGUAAUAAGCCAUUUAAAACUUAACGUUGUAAACGGAAUGCCUUUUUGUUCAAUGAAGUUUGUACAUUACUGGAGCAUCAAUGCAUUUUCUGGCAGAGUUUUGGAACACAUAUCUCCAAACGUGUCAUACUUAGAAUUAGUUCAAAGUAGGUAUAACUUUCAAAGUCAAUGUCUACAAUUCGUAAAUUGCAACAUGUGCUGUAAAGUAAUUAGUUUAGGAGCUACUUAGCGAAAUAUGGGUAAUUAGUAGCAUUCAUUUUGAUUUAUUGUGUAAAUAAUGUCCGCCUCUGAGACUAAUCCAUCUGGAGAAGUAGAAUCGUGUUAUGUUCUUAAAGUGUAUGUUAACGGUAAAAAUAAACAGCCUCUAUAAUGCCAUAUCAUUUUAGGAGGUCACUGUAUUAAGGAUAGAUUUUUUUUAAAGUAUAGUUGGUGCCACUAACCUCUAAUAUCCUCUGCGACGAGAGCGUGCUUAUGUACAGAAGGUGCUUAUGUCAUAACAUUUUCUACGGCGUGAAAAGUAGCUUGUUUCCGCUUAGAAGCUUACUAUAGCUUGGAGCCUUGAUUGGGAGCCCACCAUGCCAUUGCACCAGCAAGCUGUAAAAAUGCUUUCCUGUUCCUCUCGUAGAGGCUUAUUGCACGUUUUAUGAUUUAUCCCUCAGUACUACUCACACUGUGGUGUUAAUUAAACGGACAACGCAAACGGUGCGUAUGCUUAUGAAUAGUGCGAAAUGCUGUAGUAUGCUUGGAGAUUAAAAACAGGGUUGUUGUUCUUGAAAUCUUGUAUUGCUAAAUGUGCUUUUGUUCACUUGGCACUUGCUCGAGAACAUCCCAUGUCGUUCUCCAUCUCUGUAGGUAGAAAGUGCGAUCUGAUGUUGACAUUCAUGGGUCAUAUCACGUGUAAAAAUAAACGAAUGUUUUCAGUGGUUUC